GCAUCAGUGAUAAGACCGUUCGCAUGGUUUGCUGCCGAGUUGAAGCUUUUUUGUGAUUACAAAACAUUGCAUGUAUGUAUACUUUCAAACGAAUGUCAAGAACAAUCGGUGAGUUCUAUUCUAUUCUGAAAAGAAAAGAAACAGCCGUGGCGAUGACUUCGCACCUCACUGACGCGUUGCCGGUACCGGGCGAUGCCCCACUGGUAACUCUAACCAAUUUGGGUACACUACGAGGAUCAACCACGGUUAGUGCAUUCAGCAGCCGAAAAAUCCUGCAAUUUCUCAGCAUCAAAUAUGGUGAAACCACGGCUGGGGAGUUUCGUUUCAAGGCACCCAGAAAAGCAACCGCUUGGGAUGGGAUACGAGACGUUUCCCAAUAUGGACUGCCGUGUCCGCAGCUGAAACUGGGAGCCUUUUUCGCCAACCAACCCGCGGGAAUUGAUUUCGAAGACUGCUUGAAACUGUCUGUCUACACACAUGAACUAUCGGGAAGUAAACCGGUGAUGGUUUUUGUUCACGGCGGUGGCUUCUACGAAGGAUCAGGAGCAAAUCAUACGCCAGAGUUUCUACUGGAGAAGGAUGUCGUCCUGGUAGUGGUACAAUAUCGGCUGGGACCGCUGGGAUUUCUUUCACUCAAAAAUGAACAAAUGCCGGGAAACGCUGGACUGCUGGACAUUAAGUUAGCUCUCGAGUGGGUUAAGGAUAAUAUAGGAAGCUUCGGAGGAGAUGCCACCAAUGUGACUCUGUUUGGGCAAUCUGCCGGGGCGGCCGCCGUCUCGGCUCUCAUGUACAGUCCACUCGUUCCGGAAGGUUUGUUCCACAAGGUGAUACUUCAGUCAGGCGGUUCGAGUUCACCCUGGGUUUGGGAUAAGGAUCCGAUUGGGCAUGUGCGCGAAAUAGUCACAAUUGCUGGUUGUGAUCCAAAUGCUGACCUACCUCACAAGAUUGAAUGCCUUCGAGAGAUGGACAUCUGGAAGCUGCUAAAAGCUUUCAUCGAACACAAAAAUCGAACAACCUCCACCAAAGGCUUAUCCGAGGUUGGAGGAAAUCGUUUGACGGUGGGUGAUUUCCACGGACUUCUGCCCGAGAAACCCUGGGAGCUACUUAAGAUGGGAAAAAUUCGACGUAACCUGCCGAUGAUGGCUGGUGUCGUGAAACACGAGGGAACGUUUCUGCUGACUACGAUAUACGAUGGGCUAAAGAACAUAGGACAGCUGGAUAAUGAAUACUUCAUCAAGUAUGGACUGCUGGAGAGAACUAAUAGAAUUUUCGGAGUGGACGAUUCGACCGGAACGUUAGCUGGGUAUCAGAUAAGAACGUUGUUUAGUCCGUCGCAAUUAUCCAGCGGAAAUUUUGAAGAAAUGGCAGAUGGUUUGAUAGAUCUUACCGGAACGAUGCUCAUCAAGGCAGCUCUCCUGCGUGAAGCUCAAGCCAACGGUCAGGUGAACCCGAAUGGAACCUUCCUGUACACGUUCGACUACCAAGGGGAAAAGACGCGCUUCGGGUACGGUGCCGAUACGUCUCAUUAUCCGUUCGCUGGAGGAGUUCACCAUUCCGAUGAUUUGCUGUACCUUUUCCCGCAUCCUCCAGGGGAACCAACGCUCAAUGAGAAAGAUGCCAAGAUGGCUCGAAUGAUGGUAGAUCUGUGGACUAGCUUUGCUACUAGCGGAGUGCCCAAAAGUGAUCUAACCGAUGUUGAGUGGACGACUAUGAAAGAGUAUGCUGGUCCGUACCUUCACAUCGACGAAAAGCCCCGACUUGGUACAAACUUUUACGAGGAGUUUUCAGUAGUCAGCGAUGAGAAACAACGGUUUCCAGAACAGUGAUUUUACCAACAGUUUGGAAUGAUUUAAUUCUGUAAUAUGUUUAUUGUUUCGUUGUAUAAGAUUUAAUAUAUUUUUUCCUUGGAACCUUGGAUUCUAUAAACGUAUAA